UCAAGAUAAUAGCGUAGUGCUGAUCUUUGCACGUCAAGAUGGCGAACCCAGAGACUGCUGCGGUAGCCAUCAACGUACUGAACAAGGUCAUACGUUACGCUAUCGGGCUUGGCGUGGGCGCCAGCGUACUACAAACUUCCCUUUACAAUGUCGAUGGCGGCGAACGGGCAAUUAUUUUUGACCGUUUCCGCGGAGUGCUGCCGGAGCCAGUUGGUGAAGGGACUCACUUCAGGAUCCCUUGGGUCCAGCAGCCGAACGUCAUGGAUAUUCGCACGCGCCCACGGAGCAUCAGCUCAGUCACUGGAACGAAAGAUCUUCAGAUGGUUAAUAUGUCGCUGCGGAUCCUAAGCAAACCAGAUGAGCCACGGUUGCCACACAUAUUCAAGACGCUCGGCACGGACUGGGAGGAGCGCGUGCUACCCUCAAUCGGCAACGAGGUGGUGAAAGCGGUCGUGGCGCAGUACAACGCGGAGCAGCUCAUUACGCAGCGUGAGAGGGUAUCCCGCGCUGUGCGCGAGUCCUUGACGGCCCGUGCCGCUGACUUCGGGAUUGUCCUGGACGACGUGGCCAUUACACACCUAUCGUUCGGGACGGAGUUCACGCGGGCCGUAGAGGCAAAACAAGUGGCGGAGCAGGACGCUGAGCGGGCCAAGUUCGUGGUGAUGAAGGCGGAGCAGGAGCGGAACGCUGCUGUUAUUAAAGCAGAGGGUGAGAGCGAGGCUGCCAAGCUCAUUUCGGAAGCAACGAAGCAGUUCGGUUUCGGACUCAUCGAGCUUCGUAAGAUUGAGGCGGCCAAGGACGUUGCAGAAACGAUGUCGAAGAGUCGGAACGUGGUUUACCUGCCCAACUCCGGCAACAUGCUCAUGCAGGUUAACCCGAACUAGUGAGGCAACAUCGGUUGUACUGCGUCACGUCGCGUGUAGGUUGCAGCGCCUUGAGCGCUGAUAUUAUGAUGUCAGUGCAAUUACAAAUUCUUGGCUCGCUGUUGCAUUUUCGCCAGCAGCCUGUCGAUGUGCUGUUGGAAGGGGCAGCAGGAAGGGCAGCGGGAUAUGGUGCUCGUCAGUUGAGUGUAAGGCAUUUUCGCUCUCACCGUAAGGUUGAAGGCGGCCGUAAAUUCCGCGCUUGUGCCGAGGUGGUGGCCGAAAUGUUACGGUGUGUUGGCUUAAGCCAUUAAGGCGGUGCAUUUCAAUCCAUCUUACCUUGCGGGUGGAUUUGUUAAGUAACCACCCACAGAUAACUCCAGCACAGAAUGUCGCAGUGCAAAGUUUGAUGGCACUGCUGUUCUCCAUUUCUUUCGGCGUCCCGCGAAUUUUAGUGAGAGCGUUCCGUUGAUUGUGGCCUUGGUGCUCGUUCAUAGAUCAUAUGUUGAUGUAUAUUUCUUUGGAAGUAUCGGACAUUG